AUUUGUCUUCUUCUUUGUCUCUUACUUCAUCAGUCUCAAUUCUGUGUAAAUCUAUAAUGUUAUUGCUUGCCUUUUCUUGUUCUUUCUUUCUUUUUUUCUAUUCUGAUGUUUAUCUUCUUUUGCUUUGAUCCUUUUGGUAAACUGGGAAAGUGGCUUGAAUUCCUCUUUCUUGUUAGAUUUCAUGUUGUUUUGAAGCAGAGCAGUUUAUGAAGUCUGUUUGCAUGAGCUUGAACUAGAUCGAAGUUGAAAAACUUUGAAAUAUUUUACACUGUUUACAUUGAAAUUGAGUUUUGUUAUAUCUGGGUUUCUUAGUUGUUGCCUGAGAGUGAGGAUGGCUUCAUUUGUUCGGUUUACGAUUAGGUGAUCCGCGGUGUGGUUCAGUUUGUUGAAUUUUGGUAGAGAAAUUUUAGUUCAUUUUUGUCAACAAGGGCUUUUAGCUAUGGGUAGAGGCAGAGGAAAAGGGAAGAAGCAAUCUGUUAUAACUGAGGAUCCUGGAAGUGAAGAGGAUAAAGUCCCAGCUUACAGAAGAAGAGGAAGACCUCUGAAGCCACUGACUGAUGAAAUUGAAGAAGUGGAAGUAGCUGAAACUAUAGAGAAAGAUGAGGAGAAUGUCAAGGGUAAUAAUGGCUCUACCAAUGAGUUGAAAACUCAACCUAUCACAAUAAAUAAAAGGAAAAGGAAGAGAUCUACACAGGUUAAAGAAAAGAUAGAUCCAAUGAAAGACGACAAUGGCAUCCUAGCAAAGUCAGGCCCUGAUGAUUCAAUAAAGUCUACCGGAUUCCGGCAGAAUGGGAGCCGGCGUAAGAACAAGCCUCGCCGUGCUGCUGAGGCCGGGGUAGAUUGCAAAUGAGCAGCAAGGUUGUCAUGAAAGUUCUGUUCUAAAAAGCCCUUGGAGUUGAUGGAGUUUUGUUAUCACCAGAGAGAGGGUUUAUUUGAUUGUGUAAGGCUUGUUAUGGUUGCUUGUUAUUGCUCAUUUUGUUCUUUGUAACUUCCAUAUGCUAUUUCUGAUUUUAAUUUUGAUGAUUCAUAGCAGACAGUGCUCCUUUAGUCUUCUAUAAAACUAUUGCAAAAAGAAAAGUCUGAAAUUUUGUAGAUAUUAUUUUCAUCAUUGUUAGGCAAAAGGGGAUUUCUCACUUGUUUCAAAUUAACAAAGUUUUUUUGUUGAUAGAUA